AUGCAUUCGACCGAACAACCGAAACGCAUUUAACCCAACCCCUCUGAAUCAGAGAGGUGCGGGGAGCUGCCUUAAUCGACGUUCACAUCAUUGGCACCUUGGGAGUAGCCGUUUCUGGGGACUAAAUGCCUUGCUCAAAGGCAGAACGGCAGGUUUUUCUACCUUACCAGCUCGGUGAUUCGAACCAGAGACCUAUACUAUCUAUUUUUUUUUGAAGAUUUGGUAUACGCCUAAUAUCAGUUAGUGUGUAAUACAUUUUUAUGGGCAUUUUGUAAAGGUGCAUAUAGGACCAUGUUGCUUUCAACUAACUAGUUCUCAGAUUUAUUAAAUGCAGAUGAAGGAGAAGAAAAAAGAAAGCAAAAUGUAUAUUAUUGUGGUAAUAAGUGUGGCUGCGCAGUCCAGGAAAGUACAGAGAUGUGUGUUCCUAGUGCGCAAUAGCACUGGAUUGGUAUCUUAGCAACCAUAGACGCCACUGGUAGCUAUUUUUUGUUUACCAAGCUAAACUAGAAAGCUAGAAAGUUCGUUAUUAUUUUUUACAUAGAUAGCUAUAGGAUGGAUGUGUUACUUGAAUCGAAAACAAAACCAGUUUCGACUAUAUCUGUGUAUAGUUACAUUCCACCAAGACGAACUGAACCAAAAGAGAGAACCUAUUACAACAGUGACUCCAAGGCACGGGAGGUAUCCUUAUACGACUGCAUAUACCGGCGGGCGGAGGGCUAUGACAGCAAACUACACCGCGACGAUAGAGAGCACUCCAACAGCAGGGGACUAGACUUGUACUCAGAGGAGUCUUCCAGACCUGCACCAGUCUUGUCCUCAUCAGAGUAUGGAAGACGCCUGCCUCCUGUCCUCUACAAACCUGGCAGGCAGUUUGCCCGCAUCUCUCACAUCCACACCGAGUUCUUCAGGAAAAACGGGAUCACACGCAAUUUUGAGGAGGGAUACGGAUCAGUGGUUCCUGUGUGAGGAAGUCCGUAUUCCCAACACCAGAGAUAGAGUGAGAGCAGUGAGGGAGGGAGAGUGAUGGUUUUAUCAAUGUGAAUAUGUAUGGACACAACAACACACCCAACUGAUACAGUCAGUGUGGUGCUGAAUAGUAAAGAUAUAGAUCAUUAUAGAAAUAGAGAUAUAUUCAAAGAGAGAUUAUAUAUUUUAAGAUAGAUAAAAUAAAAAAUUAAAUAUAUAUAUAUAUAGCUAUAUAUAUUAUAAAAUCAGAUUACAUAUUUUAAAAUACAAAGAUUGUAACUGUAUACAUUAUGGCCCACGUUUGUGACAUACAUAAUAAAGUACAAUAUUUGAUUGUACCUCUUUAUCAAACUACUUUGUGAACUUUCAAUGCAAUCAUAAAUAGUCGACUUUCAAUGACAGGAGGCACAUUGGUUCACUUAUAUACAAAUGGUUUUAAUGAGUAAGAAAAUUAUGCCGUCAAAACAUGGAAACGUUCUCCUGUUCUUGAUAUAGUUUUUUGGUUUUCUUACAAAAGUCCAGUAGCUCUUGAUUCCCGGCUGCUCUUGAGGUCCACGUACAUUGCU